CUUCUCAAUUAUUUACCACGAUGCAUGGCACCAACUGGUUUAGUUUAUUAUCGAGAACUCGAGCAGUUGAUAACGAAUUGAAAGCAAUAUGAAACGACUGAACAACAGCAGCAACGCAAACUCAGUUUGCCAGAGAUCGGCGUAUAAAUAUUAGUAAAAAGCGAAGCGUGCGCCGAGCAGCAGCGGCAGCAGUAACAUGACGGCAACAACGGCAUCUCAUAUAGCUGCGUUGGACGUUGGGACGACGUACUUGAGAUGCUUUGUGCUUGAUGAGAACUGCACGGUCAAGGGGUCAUCAGUAGAUGCUGUAGAGCUAUUAAAUCCGCAGCCGGGCUACUUUGAGAUCGAGCCGGAGGGGUUGUGGCGCAAGAUAAUCAAGGUGAUUACUGAAUCAAUACGCAACGCUAGACUUACACCCGCGGAUAUUACAUGUCUCACCAUUUCGACACAACGCUGCACGUUCUUAACCUGGAAUCACCAGACCAAUGAGUACUACCACAACUUCAUCACGUGGAAGGACUUGCGCGCCGAUGCUCUCGUCGAGCAGUGGAAUUCCAGCUGCUCGCUGCGUGCGAUGAAUGGAUUUUUCUAUGCUCUGUACAUGCUAACCAGAAAUGCUCGAUUUCUGGCCGGGAGCGUGCUCAAAUUAAUGAAUGGUCAGGUGACGCCGCGUCUGCUCUAUGAGAUUGCCCAUAACAAACGGCUGCAGCAGGCGUUGCGCGAAAAAAAGGCGCGUCUGGACUUGCUUGAUUCAUGGAUCCUGUACAAACUGCGCUCCGGUAAUGGCUUGGAUCCAGAUGUAGAACAUAUAACUGAUAUAACCUCAAGCACUGCCACCGGUCUGUAUGAUCCAUUCACACUAAGCUGGUCGCCACUCGCUCGCUGGAUGUUUGGAAUCGAUCCUAGCAUUCUGCCACGCGUCGUCGACAAUAGCUACAAGAACUUUGGACAUGUGCACCCCGCUGCGUUUGGCCCGAGUUGGGGCAAUACAAAAAUACCAAUUGCUGCUUCGCUCAGCGACCAGACGGCGGCCAUGUGGGGCUCCCAGUGCUUUGCAACGGGCAAUGUUAAGGUCACCAUGGGCACGGGUGCAUUUCUAAAUCUAGUGACUGGCUUGGAGUGCAAGGCUGUGAUCAGCGGCAUGUAUCCACUGGUCGCUUGGCAGCUCACACACAAAAACAAGCAGCCCGAUACAAUCUACUGUAUUGAGGGAGCCGCUCAUGACUUUGGGACUGUGGUGACGUGGGCGCAAUCCUGUGGCUUGUUCGAAACGCCCGCAGAUACCGCAGAUAUUGCUCAAUCUGUGCCAGACACAAAUGAUGUUUACUUUAUGCCCGCAUUUAGCGGCCUGGGCCCUCCUGUGAAUGACUAUCGGGCUGCUAGUGGCUUUAUUGGCAUGACACCGUCCACAACCAAAGCGCAUCUGGUGCGGGCGCUUCUGGAGAGCAUCGUUUUUCGUGUGGUGCAGCUAAUCGAGAGCGCUGAGAAGGAAACGGGUCAGAAACUAAAAUUAAUCAAAGUGGACGGCGGUGUCUCGCGCAAUGAUUUCGUAUGCCAGUUUCUGGCCGAUGCCAGCGGUCUAGCCGUGGAGCGCGCCGAGUGCUCCGAGUCCAGCAUAAUGGGCGCCACUUUUCUAGCUGGUCUUAAUCAUGGCAUUUGGCACACACUCGAUGAUCUCAAGCGUUUUCGCCAUGUCGAGCGCAUUUUCGAACCACAACCAAAGCUGUACGAGAUAAUUGCCAGCCGCAUGCAGAAAUGGAAUAGAGCCAUUGAACGCUUUAGUGGCUGGUACUAGGAUAUAUUACAGGGAUUCUUCACAGUAAGGUAAUCAAUUUAUGUUUUCAUUUGCAGUAGGGUAUACAAAUUGGGUGUGUUUUGUUUUCUUACAUGAUAUAGUGUAUUAAAUUUGUUACAUUUAAAA